UUUUUUCGUAAUUAUCCUGAUAUGGAAUGUUAUGGAAUAUGGGAAUUAAAUUAUUGGAAUCCAUGGAAUAUUUAUUGAAUAUCGACGACAUCACCGUUAAAUGAGUGUGGUUUAUUUGCCGGAAGAAGCUUAUAUCAAGGUUUUUUCUUUACAUUAUCGUUUUCAAAUUUAAUUUUACAAGAUGUAACUACUUUAUGGUUGAUUUGUAAAGGAGGAUUUAAAGGUGAAAUAAUUGAAUUGGACAGACAAGAGGUUUUGAUUGAACGUUUUCAAUCCGAGAAAAUGUCUAUAUCAUCGAGGAAUAUUUAACCUGCAAAAAAUUUCAACAACAACAACGUAACGGGUAAAUAACAACUUUGGACGGUGCUGGUGGCGGAGGUGGUUGCCCUCCAUAUUCAAACGGUGGGCCUCAAAAUGGGCUUUUUGCAAUGGUUUUUUAAAUUCCUAUCUUCCAAAAGAAUUGAUUGAAGGAAAAACCGGUGUGCUUAUCAUUAGAAAAGAAGAGGAAAAAUGAGAGGAUGGGGAUUUUUUGCUGUGAAUUUUUCUUUUUCUGACAGUGAAAGGUUUUUUUCUUUUUCAUAUUUCUUCAGUUUUUCGGUUUAUUGAAAAUAAUUCUAAAACAAAAUUCGGACUUGAUUUGAGUCGAUUUUCAGUUUGAUUUUGGAAAUUAAGUUCCUGUUUUAUAUUUUUGGGGGUCGUGGGUUCGAACCCGUCGGGGGCUGUUUAAUUUUUAAUUAGAUUAUUUUGAUUUUUUCCGAAAAAUAGGCAUCCUAUAAGUAUUUUUCCUUUUAGUUAAAUUAAAAAAUUUUUGGCAUAUUUAUUUUUGGGCAAAACGACAAUGUUUGGGGAAUAUUCUUAAAUUUCUUUUUUCGAUUUUUUUUUCUAAGAUUUAAAAAUAUUGACAGAAAAUAAAAUAAUUUUAGAAAUUGAAUAUGUCUGAUCUUCCACAAAAUUCCAAUGCUCUUAGGCAAUUUAAGUAUUUUGGCUGAAUUUCAUCCAAUUUUGUUAAAACACUUUAAUGGCUUUCCUAUAAUGAAUGUAGCUGUUGAAAUGGCUAAGGAAUUGGAUAAAUUGGCAAAUGGAAAGAGUGAAGAAAAACCUUCAAAAGAAUCUCUAAAUUCACUUCGUGUCAAUAUUUAUCGAUUAGAACGCCUUUGUGAUUCCUGGUUAAAUACUGGACAUUACUCCAAUGUGCCUGAUCGUUUGCGUUUACUUUAUUCUUUUCUGUGUGCACUUUUGGCUAAAUUGGAUUUUUUAUGUGAAGAUUAUAUGCACCGUUUACAUCAGAAUUCUCAACUUCUUUCUCCCUCCAAAACCAACGACGAUUUAACAAAUAUUAACGAAAAUCCUAUAAAUAAAGUAUUUGAAUCUUCCCAAAAUAAUGAAGAAAAAAACAAAACAAAGAAAAUAAUUAAAUUAAAAUUAACAAAAAAAUUUAUUAAAAAAAUUGGACAAUUAUUUGAUGAAGAAGAAGAAAAUGAGGAGGAAGAAAAAGAAAAUGAAUUAUUAAAUAAUGAAAUUGAAAUACCUUUGUGGUUAUGUGAAAUGUUUUAUAAGGCAAUACAUUUUGGGGUUUCUAUUCCUAAUGAGAAAAUAAUUGAGGGGGAAGAAGAAGAAGGUAAAAAAUCAGAAUUUAAAAAAUUAAAAAUCAGAAUUUUAAUUAAACUUAAAAAAUAA